CUUUGAGCAUUUUCUUGAGGAGAUGGGGAAGGGUGGCAUGUGGCGACGAGACCUUACGCUGCGUGCACUGGCUAACCUUUACCUCGUCAACUUCGGUGUGUUCAUUGCCCAGACGGAUGGAGGGGGGCUACUACUUCCAUAAAGUCACGCCGGAAAUGGGACCUGCGGCCAGCACAUACUUCCUUAUCUUUGAUGGGAAUCACUACGAUGUGCUGGUCAAAAAAAGCACUGGGGACCCCAUUCAAGCCUUGGACAAUGUGGACGAUGGGUGGGAAACAGCGCACGGGUAUCGCGCAACGAAAGCAUCGAAGAAGCGCCGCACAACACUGCAGACAACGGUAUCCCAUCAAAUGCUCGACAACGCCGACAAGCCGCAGAAACCGCUCGAACCAAGCUAUGGCAUCUUUUUGGUAUGGGCAACGGCAAAGAACACGGAGAGGACCUUGGGAAUUGCUCAGAUCCCGAAGAAAUACAAACUCGGUCUACCUCUGCAAUGGAGUUGUCUGAUUCCGACGCAAUUCAAUCCGAAUCCGAAUCCGACGUUGGAGGAAGCGACUUUGCUGAUGUUGAAAUGUCCAACAUGGAGGCUGGUAUCCACACUCCCCUGGAUGAGGAUAUGCCGGAUAACAGUUUGGCGUGCGAUGAUGAAUCACUGGACAAGAGACAGAAGCGACUUCAGAGAAACAUGCGCCAACGGGACAAGCGUGCAGUUGGUAAACGGGGACGGAUUGAGGCUCCCUUUGUAUGUAUGUAUGUAUGUAUGUAUGCACAUGUAUGUGCAUGAACACUCUAAUCUCUUCCUUGACAGCCCUGUUCUAAUUGCUAUCGUCCUGCCGCGUGUAAUUUGUCGGUUUGAGGGUGCAGGCGGCGUGUAUUGCGAAUGAGGUGUGCGGAGUGUGCGCGGUGCCCGUUGUGCGUGGUCAUUCUACAUACGUCUGCCUGUCCACGAAGAGAUGGGAGGCAAACAUGACACCCUCCCACUCUCUCCAGAUCGCUUUCCUUCCAUUCCCGUGCGUGAGAUGAAUCCUCCUUUCAUGCGUCAUUCACAUCGUGAAGCGAAGGAAUGCGAGACGUCGAGGAGCG